ACACCAGUCAAAAUGGAGGGAAAGCCCCCAAAUUUGUUUAUUUUCUUUCCCUUUUUCCUCAGUGAGCUGCCACCGGAAGAAGGUGUCCAUAUAUGCUGAAUUAGGGUUUUGAAGUUUGCUUUUUCUUAAUACAUUACAUACACUUUCAAUGAGCGACUCCAGAGAAGAAUCUCCCGAUUGGUUGCGGGAAUUUCAACCGCCAACUCGAUCUGCCAUAGAAUUGUCAUCUGGAUCAGAGUCGCCAUUGGAUCAAAGUCCAGUAAGUGAUGAUGAGGAUAAUGUCAACCUUAGUAGAUUGUUUAAGAAAGAUAUUAAGAAUAAUGAUGAUGGAAAGGCGACUCUAUCUGAUAGUCCUGUCAAAGGGAAGUCUCCCAAUAAGGGUGGUAAAGUAAAGAGGACUCCACCGAGGAAGAGGAAGAAAGAUGAUGACAGUGAAAGAGGAAAUAGGGCCAAAGGGAAGGACGGAUGUAGGGGUAAUACACCUGAAAAUCUUGGGAAGUCUCGUGAAGAGAAUACUUCCAUCUGGUCAUUAUCUUCAGAUUCUGAGUCUUCUCCAGAUGCCAGGCCUGUUAAAAAGUCCAAGACUAAUAAGAAAGAAUUAUCUGCAAGUAAAGAUUUUGAUACAGAAGAUAAAAAGGAAAAUUAUGGUCUCCUUGACCAUGAUGUAGAGUCCCUAAAGAAUCAAGCCCCAAAGGUUAAAUCUCCAGUGAAAAAGCUAGAAAAAGAGGGCGAGAAAUCCUCCAAGGAGAUUAAUACGGAUAGCAGUAUAAAGGGAGAUAAUGAUACUAAAGACAUCUUUAUGAAGGAAGAUAUCUCUGGGAAGCGUCCUGGGCACCAGGUAUCCUCUUCGAGGGUGCCAUUAUUGCUCUCAGAGAAAGUUCAGCGUUCAAAGGCUCUUGUUGAAUGUGAAGGUGAUUCCAUAGAUUUGAGUGGCGACAUGGGUUCUGUUGGAAGGGUAGUAAUUGCUGAUGAUUCCUCCAAAAAACAUGAGAUGUUCUUGGAUAUAAAAGGAACCAUAUACAAAACAACGAUAGUUCCAUCAAGGACAUUCUGUGUGGUAAGCUUUGGCCAAUCAGAAGCAAAGAUAGAAGCUAUAAUGAAUGACUACAUUCAGUUGAAACCACAAUCCAAUAUUUACGAAUCCGAAACUAUGGUUGAAGGAACAUUGGAUGGAUUCUCAUUUGAUUCUGACGAAGAAGCUGACAAAACCAUUGUUGAAGCUGAUCAACAAGAGGCUGCUGAGGAACAACCAGCAGAUGGAAAAACCAAGAAGAAACCUGGCAAAAAACCGGGUUUGGCAAAGAAGAAGGGAAAGCCUACAGGAGAAAAGCCGGCCAAGAAAGUGAUGAAAAGGAAACCUCAACUUUCAAAAAAGGGCAAAACCAAGAAAUGAGAAAUGGGGCAUAUUUGAUGCUAAUUUUUUUUUUUAUUUUUUACUAUCCCCUUUUAAUUACGUGUGCUUUUCUUAGCCACAGUUUGUAGUUAUUUCUUAGCAUGGCCAUUUGAGUCGAUUAUUUUAUCUCAAGAGUUAAGAUUAUAUAUCUAAAGAACAUAUGUUCUGAUCUGACGAAGAAAUCACGAAUUACCAAUGCAAAAAAACCUUGUUUAAUCAGCA